UUUUUAAUUAUUAAAUAUCACAUAAAUAGCCGGAAACGUAAUCGAUGUCGAGUAACCGCUGCCAUUCUCGAUGUCAUUAGCGAAGCUCAACUCUGGCCCUCCUCAUUCGCCAUCCGAUUACAACGUCGAGUACCGUGCCAUAGCCGACGACGCGUGGUACAGUGUACGUGCAGUGCUUGAUGGAGAGAAACUGACGGUCAAGUAUUGCAAUUUCAGCGAUGAUCAUGACAACGUUUUCGAGCCGCAAUACUUCAAGUCAGUAGUGGAGAUUGAAGAGUUCGUGAACCGGUUCAGGCCUGUUUCUAAUCAGUUACAAGACCGGGAUUGUAAAAAUGUGGCUGAGGGUGCGGUUGUUUGUGCUUCUCACUCCUUCUCUGACCUCGACGUCCGCUUCCACGACGCGGUUAUCGAUGAUGUGUUUCACAAGAAUCAUUCUUUUGUCAAUGGAGAAGAGCAAUGCAUGUGCACCUUUGUGGUUAUUUGGCAACAUGGUCCAGGUGCUGGAUGUUUGGCCAACAAGAAAAUUGAGAAUAUAUGCAUUGUUCGAUCUAAUGCAGAGCUCGAUCCUAACGUUGACAUUUUCUCGAAGAUAGUCAGGGAAAAACUUGAAAGUGCUGCUUAUUGUAAUGGCACAAUUCAUGGAGAAAUUGCCAGCUUGCCUAUGAAGCUUGGGUCAACUUGUGCACAGCGCUUUUAUCAGGAAACAAAUUGUGCCAGCCAAUCUACAAGAAAUAGAUGGUCAUAUGAAGAGAUAGAGAGGAUAUGUCAUCAUACCCAAAGAAUUAAAGAAGAAUCUGAUAUUGGAGGGAUUGAAAACCAUUAUGUUGUGUUGAUUGACAAUGUGGAUAAGGACAUGUCUCCUUCAACAAUUACAGAAUUUAUACACAGACAAACUUCAAUCUCAGUUCGAGUAUUUGUUUUGCCAAGUUCGACAGCAGAGACAUUUACUAAGGGGGCCAUUGUCCUGGACUCUAAGAAGAAUCUGCAAAAAUUAUGUGAAUUUUUGGAUAGUCCCAAUCACAUUAUCAUGUCACGGAGAGGGAGGCCAUGGGUGAUAGCUGAUAAAUUGAAUAGGCAUGAUAAAUAUAUGGUGCCUCUUGGAAACUUGAUGCCUAAAUAUCAGAUAGGGAUGAAAUUUUGCGACAACUCAAAUUCAAUCUUCAGAAAGCUCAAUCUUCCAUGGUUCAGCAAACUAAUAAACAUCGCAGGUAUAUGGAAUACAAUGUAUUUUGGUCCCUUCCAAGUACUGGCACGCAUCGAUUCCACAGCCUAUCGUCUUCAACUUCCAUCUGCUGCCAGGGUGCACCCUGUUUUUCAUGUUUCUCAGCUUAAAAAGCAAAUUGUGGAUAAUGAGGUUAUUGUUUCACUUCCUUCUAAAUUGGCUAUUGAGGCUCCUUCACCGACUUUACCAGAAACAAUUCUUAGCUGGCGAAUUCUUACUUGUGAUGGUCAAUCUAUUCCACAAUGUUUGAUUAAGUGGCACUAUCCUUCUAUUGAUGAUGCUACUUGGAUGUUUGAGGCAGAUUUAAAGGGUCAAUUUCCGGAUUUCAGCCUUGAGGACAAGGCUGUGGUUAAAGAGAGUGGCAGUGAUACGACACUGCAACAUAAGAAAAGGACCAGAGACACGUGGAGAGUUUAUUCUGGAAGAUCAAAAAGGAAUCUUGAGGAUUUGGGAGAGCAGAGUUAGUUACAACACAAUAUGAGGUGUCAAUUGCAUGGGUAGACUCUUAUAAAUAGAAUAAGGAAAGGACAAAAGGGAUAUGUGUGAUUAUAUUUUAUUGUUUAGGAGCGGUAUAUGUUUUCUGCUUGGGAGAUUAGUCUCCGAAACCUUAUUGGUCUGUGAUUUUGAGGAUUAGAAUACAAUUCUCUCUUCCUCACCAUUAUUAUACAAUGCGUUUAAGUAAA